CACAUACCUAGGGAAGAUAUGAUGGAUGAAAACUACACAUGGUGUUAUAGAUAGAGCCGGCAGAUUCUGGCAGAACUGCGCUGUACAUGUACUAGCUUAAUAAUGAUAAUAGACCAAAAGUCACUCUUACGCUCGCUCUUCAGUGUGUCUGCGAUGGCCUGCGUUUUCUCGCUUGCGUCUGUUUUUCUGCCGGACGCUGCAGGCGGUCAGCGAGCCAUCACGCCAAGCCGCUACCUUAGCGCCGUCGGCGCCCACACGAAUUUCGCUCUGGAUGCUUUCUCUGCGAACUUCGACAAUACUAACCCAACAGCUCAACACCACCACAACCUCAGUGUUCAGUCAAAAUGGGCAUUGACCUCGACCGCCAUCAUGUUCGAGACGGGCACCGCAAGGUGCCCAAGUCCGACAACCCCUACGUGAAGUUGUUGGUGCGCCUGUACAAGUUCCUUGCCCGCCGAACCGACGCGCCCUUCAACAAGGUUGUCCUCCGCCGUCUCAUGAUGUCCAAGAUCAACCGUCCCCCGGUCUCUCUCUCCAAGAUCGUCGCGACCGCUGCCAACAAGCACUCCGCGAAGACCCACGAGGGCAAGACCGUUGUCAUCGUUGGCACCGUCACCGACGACAACCGUCUCCUUGAGCUCCCCAAGCUCUCCGUUGCGGCUCUCCGCUUCACUGCAUCCGCCCGUGCCCGCAUCGAGAAGGCCGGCGGUGAGGUCCUCACCAUCGAUGAGGUUGCCACCCGCUUCCCCACCGGUGCCAACACCCUCCUCCUCCGUGGCCCCAAGAACGCCCGUGAGGCCGUCAAGCACUUCGGCAUGGGUCCCCACAAGAACAAGAAGCCCUACGUUCAGUCCAAGGGCCGCAAGUUCGAGCGCGCUCGUGGACGCAGGCGGUCGCGUGGUUUCAAGGUCUAA